UUUUUACUUCCAGGUGACCGUGGAGUGUCGGCUUCGGGUGAGAUUCCGGGCAGGAGCCGGCGUCUCUGCUAAAGAGAAUUAGCAGGAGAGACAGAGCUAAAAAAUGAGUUCAGCAAAGAGAAGAGGGAAAUCCAAAAGUAGAGGAGGAAAAGGAGGAGGUAGUGGCAGCAAACAUCAAGGCAGUGGCAGCAAACAUCAAGGCAGUGGCAGCAAACAUCAAGGCAGUGGCAGCAAACAUCAAGGCAGUGGCAGCAAAAAAGGAUUGGACGAAAUCUGGGAUGAUGAUUUCUGCGUUUUCGGUGAAACAAAAGAUGCAUGCAGUUCUGUUAAUAAAGGAAAUGGACAGGCCAAGCAUGCAUCCAAGAUCAAAACACCUCUUCAGACUCUUCAUAUGACUUCAAAAAAUCAGAAAAGAGUAAAAAAACUUCUUUCUGAGCUCCAGGAGCAGGAACUGGCUUCUGGUUCGAAGACAGUAAUGUCAGAUAUAAGUGAUUGCAGUGAGUCAGAUGAUGAGCAGUCCUGGUCAGAUGACGAUACAUUCUCUAAAAUCGAUUCAAGAGCUGCUUCUCAAGCAACAGUGAAUGUGCUAGAGACGGAAGUAUCAUCUUUUGCUGUGCAUAAGCUUUCCAGGUAUGGCUUUGAUUCUGAACAAUGCCGAGCAGUACUGAAAUCUUACAAUGGUAAUAUUGGAGCAUCUUUGGAACAUUUACUUAUGCAGUGCUUCACAGAAAAGUUUGGAAAGGGAGUGCAGCUCACAGAAGCUUCUGUUCAAGCAAAUAUUAAAGAUUGUUUUGAACAAAGGCAAGAAGAAGCUUUAGCCCUCCGUUCAAUCUGUGGAGACAAAUUUGUUGAACGAAUUCAAAAUCGAGUUUGGAUUAUUACAUUAGAGUUGGCAUAUCUAACAAAUAUUCUCAGCAAGACAAAACAAGGAAAUAGCAUCACCAGUAACAUAGUUAAUACAAAUUCCCAGGGUAUCUGUAAAUAUUACCUCCGAGGAGAUUGCAAAUUUGGAUCAAGAUGCAAAUUCAAGCAUGAAACUUCACACAAUGAGAAAUCACUUCCCCCCAUUCGCGAGGAUGCUCAUCUUAAACUUAAUGCUCCUGUGUACGAACUUGAAGUAAGAUUUCCAGAAGAUAAUAAAUACCCAUAUCAACCACCUCUUGUGGCCUUCUAUUCUACUAAUGAGAACCUGCCUUUAUCUUGUCGAUUGCAUUUAGCAGAAUUCCUUUAUGAAAAGGCCUUAAUUUCAUCUGAGUCUAAUAAACCUGUAGUAUAUGAUUUUGUAACAUGCUUAAGAGAUGAAGCUCAAGUCCUGAAAUUGCUUAAUAAGACAUCCCACAAAUACAGUGUUCCUCCACUGCCACCAAAACAGAAAUUUCCAAGUAGCUCUAAUAAUCCAUAUCAGACUUCUGAAGCAUCAACAGAGGUGGAAGCUGAGGAGGAUGAGAAUGACCAAGAGGGCCUACAAACAGUUCAUAUAGAGAAAGAGAGUUAUGUGAAUCUCAAAAAGAAACUUUUAUUGAAACGCAGCACUCCAUCAGAGUCCAUUACCAAAGAAAAUCUUAAAAUUUGCAAACAAUUCAGCAUAAAAAAGUCUUCUAGGCAUUACCAGACCAUGUUACAAGAACGACAAAAACUUCCAGCGUGGGAAAAGAAAAAAGACAUUCUCAGCUUGCUGAGCAAAUAUCAGGUCCUAGUUGUAAGUGGUAUGACUGGAUGUGGAAAAACGACUCAGGUACCUCAGUUUAUUUUGGAUUCCUCCCUUGAAGGCCCUUCUAAUAAAGUAGCCAACAUCAUUUGCACCCAACCUCGUAGGAUUGCUGCCAUUUCUGUUGCUGAACGUGUAGCCAAGGAACGAACAGAAAGAGUUGGAAUUACUGUUGGAUAUCAAAUCCGGCUAGAAAGUGUCAUGUCUUCAUCUACACGGCUAUUGUACUGUACUACUGGAGUGCUUUUGAGAAGGCUAGAAGGGGAUAAAAAUUUACAAGGAAUAACUCACAUUAUUAUUGAUGAAAUACAUGAGAGAACAGAAGAAAGUGACUUCUUGUUAUUGAUUAUGAAGGCCUUAUUGUUACAAAGACCAGAGCUACGUGUUAUACUAAUGAGUGCUACUCUGAAUACAGACAUCUUUUCUCAGUAUUUUAAUUUCUGCCCUAUUGUGAAUAUACCAGGAAGCACAUUCCCUGUAGAACAGUUUUUUCUAGAAGAUGCCAUUGCAAUGACUGGGUAUGUUUUGGAGCAUGGCAGUCCAUAUAUGCGCAGAGUAAAACCAACUGCACACAAGACAGGAAGACACGCACGGACUGCUGCAGAAGAAGUGGAAGAGACUCUAAAGCACACUGAUUUGGUGAAAAUUGCAGUCCAGGAUUCAGUCCCAGAUCAAACACUGACUUUCCAACAAUUGCUGAUACGUUACAAAGGUGUUAGCAGAUCAGUAUUAAAAACCAUGGCAAACAUGGAUUUAGACAAAGUAAAUUUUGAAUUAAUUGAAGCCUUAUUGGAAUGGAUUGUCAGUGGCAAACAUUUAUAUCCACCAGGUGCAGUACUGAUAUUUUUGCCAGGCUUAGCAGAAAUUCAAGCAUUAUAUAAUCGGUUGCAGUCUAAUGCCAUGUUUAACAACCGGCACAACAAACGCUGUGUUGUGUAUCGUCUCCAUUCAACUCUUUCCAGUGAAGAUCAGCAGUUUGUAUUCUUUCAGCCUCCUCUUGGCACCACCAAGAUCAUCAUAUCUACAAACAUCGCAGAAACCUCCAUAACCAUCAAUGAUGUGGUCUAUGUGAUUGAUUCAGGAAAAAUGAAAGAAAAAAGGUAUGAUCCAAGCAAGGGCAUGGAAAGCCUGGAGGACUCAUAUGUGUCCAAAGCCAAUGCCUUGCAAAGAAAAGGACGAGCAGGUCGUGUAGCUUCUGGAGUUUGCUUUCAUCUUUUCAGUAGCCAUCAUUAUAAUCAUCAUCUUUUAAAGCACCACUUGCCAGAGAUACAACGAGUGCCUUUGGAACAGCUUUGUCUCCGAAUAAAGAUUUUGGAAAUGUUUUCCAUACAUAAACUUCAAUUAGUGUUCUCACAACUUAUUGAGCCACCAACAGCUGAAUCUAUAAAUGCAUCAAAGAACCGGUUGCAAGAUAUAGGAGCCUUAACAUCAGAGGAAAAGCUUACUCCCUUGGGGCAUCAUUUGGCCUCUUUGCCUGUUGAUGUGAGAAUUGGAAAAUUAAUGCUUCUUGGCACCAUCUUUCGCUGUCUGGAUCCUGCACUAACAAUAGCAGCAAGCAGAGCUCACAAAUCACCUUUUAUUUCUCCAUGGGACAAAAGAGAGGAGGCAUUCAAGAAAAAGCUUGAGUUUUCUAUAGGAAACAGUGAUUAUCUGGCUCUCAUCCAAGCAUAUAAGAGAUGGCGCGAGUCUUCAAAAGUGAGCUUUCAAGCAAGUUUCACAUUUUGCAGAGAAAACUUUUUAUCAGAAAAUGUUCUUCAGGAAAUGGCACGUUUAAAAAGGCAGUUUACUGAACUAUUGUCUGAUAUUGGAUUUGUAAAAGAGGGACUCCGAGCCAAAGACAUAGAAGAGAGAUUUUCUCAAAGAGGGGAUGGUGUUCUUGAAGCUACAGGAGAAGAGGCAAAUGCAAAUGCAGAGAAUGUCAAGUUGAUAUCAGCCAUAUUAUGUGCUGCUAUGUACCCAAAUGUGGUUCAGGUAAAAGUACCAGAAAAGAAAUAUCAGGUUAUUAAAGGAGCUGCUAAAAAUAAUCCAAAACCUGAAACACUGAUGUUUGCUACAAAAAACCUGGGUUAUGUUCACAUUCAUCCAUCCUCUGUAAAUUAUCAGACAAAGCGGUUCAAUAGCCCCUACUUGGUAUACCAUGAAAUGGUAAAAACCAGCCGGGUUUUUAUUCGAGAGUGCAGCAUGGUGUCGGUAUAUCCACUGAUCUUGUUCGGGGGAGGCCGUGUGAACAUGCAGCUCCAGAAUGGAGCAUAUGUUGUUUCCUUGGAUGAUGGGUGGAUUAACUUUGUUGCAACCUCACGUCAGGUAGCAGAACUAGUGAAAGAACUUCGCAAUGAACUUGACCAGUUACUCCAGGAAAAAAUUAAAAAUCCCAGCAUGGAUCUGUGUACUUGCCCUCGCGGAUCUCAGAUUAUCAGCUUGAUUGUAAAACUCGUGACCACACAAUAGUAUUAGCUACUGCAGAUUGCUUUUUUCAAAUGUUAAUGAGAGAAUAAUGAAAUGUAGCACUGGCUCCUGUAUUGCUAUUUGUAAGCCUAAAUAUCCAAUUUAAAAGCCUGUUUUUUAAGUAGCUCAAAAUAAACAAUUUUAUAAUCAUGAUAGAAAUUUAUACAAGUUUACAUAAGAAGCUUGCAUAUUUAAAAUAAAACUUACUUUUUUUUCCUUUUGCAAAGCAAGGAACAAGAGGUAAGCAUUCAGAAAAUCAUUCAAGAACAGAUCACACAUACAUUUAACGUUUAAUGAUUCACCACUCCCUUUUUGUGUCCAAUAAAGGAUUAACUCUAUGGUAAUCUGGCAGGAUAUUAAUUUAUCCCCUUCCCCUUCCCAAAAAGGCAGUAUAGGAAACAUAUUAGUCAUAGUUUCUACAUGGUUGCUCUGCUUCCAGAAAUGAAUCCUGUCCAGUAAAUUUACAUCUGUUUUCAUUUUGUCAAGAUAAUCAGUGUUGGCUGCUAGAAUUCAAAUAUGGCGAUACAAAUUAUGGAAUAAUUGUAGCAUAAAAUUAUUUUGAGAGCCUAAGCUCUCAUUACUUAUUCUCAAAUAAUACAGUAUUAGAGCCUGAUGAUAUAGGCUAUACGUUUUAUAAAUAUUGUAAUAAAUAAAGGAAUUCUCAAAACAAA